AAAAAAGCAAUCGAAAUAUCGAUCUAUGUAGCUUCGCAGAACAGCGAGAGAACGAAUGCAGAGCAGAGCCAGAGUAAACAGCAUUCUCACGGGCGCUAAAAGCAGAAUAAAUUGAGUGGUGUGUGGAUAUGACAACAUCACUCGCGCUUUAAACUUGCCUGCAGAAAAUCUUUUGUUGGAACAUUAGAUUAGUGACACGACUGGCUGGCUUAUUUUAUUUGGACUUCCCUUUACAUGCAAGUCGGAUCGUGAUCAUUGUCAGUCGCACAAACUGAAGAUGCUGAGCGCAAAAGAGCGAAAUUUGUUGGUCAACUGGGUGGGAUCGACUGGAUUCCUGGUGCUCGCCGUUAUUACGAGCGUCGCUGCUCUGGUCGCGGCACUCUCCAGUGAUUUUUUCUGCACGAUGACGCUGACUUGUAACGCAGUGUACCGCAUUGUCUACGCCGGAUCACCGGCCAGCGGAUACAUGUCCGCUUCCCUCCUGGUUUCCGUGUUGUACUUCCUUGGUCCACUGAACGGAUUCUUCAGUCGCCACUGCAGCAAGCAUGCAACCAUCAUGAACGUGACCGUUGCCCGCUGCAUGUUCGGACUUCUAGCCAGUUUUUGCGGAAUGCUUAUUUUGCGGACACUGGAGUACGCGUUCGGUGACCAUAAGGGAUCCUUGUAUGACGGAUCACUAAUUUUGGAAGCUGGUAUGAAGCUACGGGCUAACACCACGGGAUCUGCGGCACGUUUUAAUGAAUCUGCGGACAGUUCUCCGAUUGCCUAUUCGUCUCAUGAUCAAGAUCUGCUGCGAGAGAAUCUAAUCACGAUGAGAAAACUGGCCGAGUCCAUGCCGCCUCGUCUGCAUCAGUUGGUUCUUUCCCUGUAUAUGUUGGUCGCGUCCAUUUUCCUGGUCGAAUCCAUCCUUGCUAGUAUGUUCUGGAAGCGCCUGGCGCCAUAUGGUAAAGAGACCGCGGUUGUCGAGGAUAAGGCGGCCCUGAACGCGUUUGAAACCGGCGGCGAGAAGAGCGAGACCGCUACCGUAAAAUUCAUAGACACGCGCAGCGGUUCGUGCUGGGAGUGUUUCUCUUGGACGCACUUGCCGCCAGCCGGGGGACAGUGUGUGGAAUGCAACAUGGGCUGCACGGGCAUUGUGCUGGGCUACCUGUUUAAAGCAAUCGUGGCAUGCCAUCUGCUGAUGGACAUUUAUCAUCUGGUGAAAAUGUUCUGAUCAGGUGCGGAUGCGCAGAGUGCAUAAAAUCGCAUGCGUUGCUGGCUGAAAAUGGUGCUUUCUGCUUUAACGCUAGGCUUCCUUGCUUCCUUAAACUUGUGUACGUGCCUGAAUUGUAUCCUGUUGCAGCAUUGAGAUUAGCUAAAUAUUAACUUCCGAAACACAGCAUUGCUAACUCCCAGGUGCUAUAAUGCCAUGCUUUUAACGCAGAAAGGUAAGCCUGCUUUUAGCACAAAAGGUGAGAGAUAACUGGCCUUGGCACCGGAGCAACAUCGUCGAUGGCCGCAUUCUGCAUCCGUCAGCAUACAUGCUGUGCACAGCCACUUGUCGAUCGGAUGCUUCGGACUCGACUACAUCGAAUACUCAUCACAGUAGUUUCCUUUUGAUGCCCUUUUCAUGGCGACUGGGCUCUGGUGGGGCAUAUUUGUUAUGCGUCUCAUGUUUGACCUUUUCAUAAUCUAAGAUUUAUUAAGAUAUCAGUUAUACGUAUAGGGCGUUUUUGCGUUGUUUUUCUGGGCUUGCCUCUGAGACUGAUGAAAUCUAUAACGUUUCACCUAGUUCUGCUUAUCUAACACUGCUUCUCAACAUGUUACUAGGUGUGAAAAUUACAAUAUUAAAAUUAAUCUCUUACCUUUUCUUAUCUGAAAUUUCUUCUAAUGACACAUUGCUUUGUACAAAGUCUGACGCGAAU